AUGCCGGCGGAAACUGAAGGGAAGAAGGGCAAGAAGCGGGGGAAGAAGGUCCUUGACCCGAUUGCCCUCGAACGUGCCCGCAUUGAGGAGGCGGAGAAGCAAAGGCGGGAGGAAGCCAUGCUACUCGCCCGGCUACGGGAGCUGAAGGAGGAGGAGGAGGCCAUGACACUGAAGGCCUCCAAUACCGUGGAGGCAAGAUGGAUGGUUUUCCUGCGGGAGUGCAAACAGAAGGAACUUAUCGCCGAGAUUGAAAUUGUCCGGCGCGCGUUUGAAUCGGCCAUUGACCGGAAGAAUGCCGUAAUUGAGAUGCUCUUCAACGACCUUGAAGAGGUGGAGGAACAGCACCGUCUCGUGUUCCAUUCCAACAUGACGACAGUGGACGCUCUCAUUGAAAUGCAGACGAGGCGCAUGGCGGAUUUGGAGGCCGAGUUUGAGGCAGACCUUCUCGAGAUGAAGGCAGACUACGAGAAGGAGAUGCUGGAACUGGUCCGCAAGCACGAGCACGAGGUAGCGGAUCUCAAGCUUAUUCUUGACAACAUGGCCUCGGAAGCGGAUCUGCUCGAGAAGAAGCUGCAGGAAGAAACAUCCGAGGCACGUGAUACAGCACUAGAAAAAAUGGAGGGGGAGCGAAAACAAAUGCAGAAUGAUCUUGUUAAAAUUAGUGAAUCCAUUAGAGUGGAGUUGGAUGCACGUUAUAAGGAGUUUAUGACAACGGCACAAGUGAACAUGAAGGAUUACAUGGACAAAUCUAAAGAGGAUGCAGAGACGACAGAGCGUAUUGCCUCGCAGUUGAAACGUAUUGAGAAGCUUCAGGAAAGUGUGACUUCAUGGCGAACCAAUCUGGCUCGCAAUGCGAGAGAAUGGGAAGAGAAGAACAACGCCAUUCAGCAGGAGCGGGAUGCCACCAUUCGACACCUCAAGGCCCUCAAGUCCAAGAUGGAAAGUUGGCGUAGCAAGGAAGCCUCUCGACUCGCUGAAUUUAUCAAAAAUGCAAAGGAUUGUGAAUAUCAACUGCGUGACACGGUGCGCAGAGCUGAAAAAAUUUUGUGUCUGGUCGAGCUUGGCAAACCAUUGGAGACAGAGCGUGAACAGGUGUUGUCGUUUGAGUCCAACAUUGCCACCAGUGAAAUUGAGCAGGAGGUUAAGCGGUUGAUGGCGAACUCAGACGCCGCGGAAGCGCAGGACGAGUCGGCAGCACCUGAUGGAGCGGCGUUCUCAGAGGAGUGGCGGUUGCUGGAAAGAUUUUGGACGAAACACAACAAGGUGGUGCUUGAUAAUGCCGCCCUCUCACAGGAGAAGUACCAUCUGGAGGAGGAGAACAAGAAGCUGCAGGUGCUACUUAAGCAGUACCUUGAGGAACUUAGUGUUAGCGAUGCCGUGAUGCAGGGGCCCAACACACUUUUGCUCAUGAGUCGUGCUCCGAACGUGGUGGAGGCAGCAAAACGAGCGAAACGUGGG